GUUACGUAAUUCAUGCACAGUGUAUGAGCGCAAAAUAAAAGAUUGUGCAUGGUCGUAGACCUUCGAACAUAAAUCUUGAAAUCUUUGUUUGCUCAUUUGAUGUUUGUCGGGCUUCAUAACCAGUGUCCUCUUUUAACUGUGAUUAGGUAUACUAGUUCUACACAAUAACACAUUUAGCUUUAGCUCAGAGUAGCAAGCGCCCGCUAAGCAGGCAUUAAUGUUGUAAUAACUAUUCAGAUUUCACCGUUUUGGACAGUCGUUGUGAUAUAAGUCAUUCACUCGUUCGACAUUCUGAAGUUUCUUUGAAGCUUUGAAGGAUUCAGACGGUAGCCCCAACCUCGGAUUACUGGCGAUCGAAUGUUCUAGCAACGACAUCGCUAGAGUCAGCAAUGGCGGAUAGCACAAGCGGAUGUCCUUGCAGGCAGUACAUGGACGAGCCGGGAAUUCAGUGGCGUGAAGGAAAACCUGACUAUACAAAGGUUAAUAAAGCCUACUUAGAGGGAAGAACACGAACACACAACGAAGGCUCACUAGAGAAGAUUGUGGAAGAUUUGGUCAAAACCUGGGAAAUGGAGGCUUUUCAUAAAACCCGAAUCGAGGACUGGCAGACUGUUGAUAGAGAGGCAUUUACUAUCCGCGCAAACAACCAACGUUCUUUCAACAUAAAGGAAGCCAUUGAAGAAGGAAGCUACAACAUCCUGAUGCAGAACCAACCGCUGUACAACAGUGAGGCUCACACUUUUGAAUCAUCAAACAAUUUGUUUAGGUCCGCCUUCAGCGAGGGGUUUCCAUGGGAACUGCUAGAGGUCUUCUCAGGUCCCCCACGAGUAGCUUUCUCUUGGCGCCACUGGGCACACUGGACGGGCCCCUACAAAGGAAGGGCCCCGACGGGUGAAUUACUGGAAUUGCAUGGAAUGGCUGUGGCGGAGGUUGACGAGAAUUUAAAAAUCAAGUCGAUCGAUGUUCAUUAUGAUCCUAAUCAGCUCCUUAUGAAGCUAGAAGGAAAGAUGUAAAUGAUCAAAGUGCAGCCAUUAGCAGAACUGACAACAAGUCAUCAUGUGCUAGCGCUGCUCUCUGUGUAUUAAAAUUAACUCUUAAUUAAAAAUAAGACUAUUAGCUCGACAUUUCUCUGAGGUGGUAGUUGAUGAGACCGAAGACCGAAUCAACUAUCACCUCAUAGAAAUUGAGAGCGAAUAAUCUUAUUGUUUUAGUAGAAUUUUAACUGAAAUUUACUUCAGAUAACGGUUUACCAAUUAUUUCUCGAUGUAUUAUUAGACCACCCCCGCUGCACACUAAUUAAUAAUUAGAUUAUGAGCUCGAGACAUGGAAAUCGAGAGCAAAUAAUCUAAUUGUUUUAGUAGAAUUCUUACUAAAAUUUACUUCAAAUAACGUUUUCCAAUAUUUCUCGACGUAUAAUUAAGCUUUGCGCCUUAGAAAGAUCGCUCGGAUUGAAUUGUCAUUCAAAAUUGAAGUUGUACGUGCGCGC